CGUCUCCACAGCAUGGAGAGCCGUCCCGGUUCUACCACCGCUGGUCCCUCCCAGAUCAUCACCAACUUCCACCAGCAGCAGCAGCAGCACCACCCCCAGGAGGGCUCCGCCAUCUUCAACAAUGCCCCUGUCCCACUCGCCCGCGGCCGCCAGGCACGCGAUCCCCAGGCAAAGACCGUGUCCUACAAUGUCGCCUCCAUGGACGACUUCGACUCGUCGCUGCGAGACUACCUGAACAAUCCCAACGACGACCCCGAGCACACCGAUUGCCAAUUGUCCUUCUGGAUAGGCUCCGAAUUCCUCGUUCCCGUCCCGCCUGGCCAGACCGUCCCCCAACCACAACAACAACAACAACACCUCCGACAACAGCAAUCCUCAGCCAUCCAACCUUCAAAUAGAGUGCCCCACUUGCAGUCCGAUCCCGCCUCCAACGCGAACCCGAACAUCAACACCGCCGACAACACCACCAAUGGAAAUAACAAGAAAGGGGGCAAGGAGGAUGUCCCGCGAGUGUCCAUGUCCAUCAUAGAGGCUUUACAGCCCACCUCAGACCCAAAAGACAAGAUGCGGAAUCAAAGAGCCAUCGCCAAGUGCUGCGUGGACGCAAUACAGAAGGCAGAUGGCUACCGCUACAGCUUUCACAAUUGCUGGAACAGCAGGGAGGACGACGCUUUCCGCUUCUCAUACUACUGCAACGAUUCUCUUUUGAACAAGGAUCGCGCUGCUAACGGCAAAGGCGCGAAGCUGGGCAAGCGCGCAACAAAGCCCGUUUUUGAUUGCAAGGGUGUUCUGUCCGUCAAGUUCUCCGCUAGCAAACAGUCCCUAGAUGUUUUCUACAAACAUAUACCCAUGCAUAAGACGUACGAAGAGCGUGCUCCAGCACCACGCAAGGAUUCAAAACGCCGAAAAUAUCUCGAGGAAAACGAUCCGGAGACUCUUCAGAGGUUACAGAGUCGGGCCAGGCAUGCCAGAUCUGACUCUGAUCCUCAGACCACACCGAGGCCGAGGAAAAGAACCAAGUCUGAAGAUCAAAGGCAGCCCACGUCGCUUGAGAGUGAUUUGAGAGCGCAGAGUCUGGUCUCGUUGCUGGAACUGAUUCGUCCUGAGCCUACGCAGCAUGAACAGCCACCGCCGCCUGUUCAAAUGCAGCAAAACAUCACACACGCGGCCAGGCCAGUUCCGCAGUCUCAGCCGCAACCCUCGCCCUCACAGCAACAGCCACAAGUGCCUGCACCCUCUUUCCGCGUCAAAAGGCCUAGGAACAGCUGUGAUGUGUGCAAAGCAAAGAAGACCAAGUGUGAUGGCACACGGCCUGUCUGUAAUACUUGCAUAGAAAAGAAAAGAACAUGCUUUUAUACCGAGGCAGAUGAGAACAAUGGGUCAACGGCGGUAGACCCACCAUUGCAAGCACAGUCUGCCGGUGCCGAGAUGUCCGAGUUAGAGCGCAUGAAGAAGGAGUUAGAAGAAGCAAAAGCACGGAUACAUAUGCUCGAAGAAGAGAAGAGGCGAGCGUCUCUCACCCCGUCUCAAACGCCACAAGCAAUAAAUCCGAAUAGCAUCCAGCCACCACCUCAAGCGCAACCGCAGCCUGUAUCUGAUGGUAAACCCCAACCAGCUCCCGGCCCACCACAACGUCAACAUCACAAGCAAUCGCAUCAGCAAUCCAACCAUGCGCAGAAACAACAGCAGCAACAGCAGCAGCAACCUCAGCAACAACCGCAACAGCCCAUGCAAAUCCGAAAUCCCCAAGCUCCUUCCGCUUUGCACCAACUCCAAUCCGCAGCACAUCAACUACAAGAUUCCCAACAAAUGCCUAAUCCUCAACAGUUGCAGUCGCCGCAAUACAGUCACUUUGGCAACCAAUCCUCACAUCCUUAUGGCCUAAAUCGGCCCAUGUCAUCUCAAAACAUGUCGCAGACCAUGUCUACGAAUGCGGCAGCGCCCCAUCAGUCGCCAUCCCAGCCAAACCAGAUGCACGGCGGACCUAAUAAUACCGGGCUCACGCCUGCGCCCGAAUUCUACGACCGGCAAUUCGUGUGGUCACCUAAUACGUAUCAUGGAUAUCAGGCUGCUCAGCCCCACCAGCCAGAUCAGUGGAAUGGAAAUAGGAAUUCGGGAGUAUUUCGUUGA